GAGCCACCGAGCCCGAAGCGUGGCGAGCGUAUAUCUCGGGCAUCCUGUUCGGCCGUGGCUCCUCCCCCUGGUGGCGUGGCUCCGCCCCCUUAUGGCGUCAAUGGUCACUUACCCAACUUGGAUUUAGAACCAACCUCAAGGCCAAGGCCAGAUCACACCUCGCCGUACAGCAUCACGGGAGUAGUAGUCCACCCCGGGUUCGAGCAUAAAGCGACCCAUCACUCCACAGGCCCCCCAAUACUGCUGGGAAAUGAAGUUCUACGUAAUGGUACAGUCAUAGUGGAGGCAGCCACGGAACUACAACCCCCAUCAUGCACCGCAAAGCGGCAGGUGACGCCCACGGCGAGCAUGCGCAGUCCGCUCUCCGCGGCCCCUGGUAAACAGACUAGACGUCAGCAAGAAGUUUUGUGGUGUCCAAAACAAAAGGGAAAGUGACAUUUCCUACACGGAACCGGCAUAGGGGCUCCCGGGAUCGGGGAUGUUCACCGGGACUGGCUCCGCCACUGGAGCAGGCCAAGUGAACAUGAGCGGCGUGUGACGGGCGGCUGACAAUAGCAGCAGGAGGGAGCGUGUGCCAGGCACAGCGCUCUCCUCACCCCGUGCCAGUGUCUGCGCGGGCAGCAUGGGCUGAGCGCUGACUACCCGCCCGCUGCCUGCGCCCCGCUCACACCACACAGUGCCCCGCUGUGCUCCUUAUACAUCUACCGCUCCCAGAUAUGGAGGGAACUGAACCGACACCUGUGGACAUUGACCCAGACUUCGAGCCUCAGGCUAGACCCAGGUCUUGCACAUGGCCCCUUCCCAGGCCUGAGCUGUCCGUGGUGCAGCCUGCAGCCUCCUCAGAGGAGAGCCGAGCAGACCCCCUCGAUGCCCCCUCCCUGCUCCCCACAGAGGCCGAAGACCGGGUCCUGUCUGAUGGGCAGGGUGGCACAGGAGUGGCGCCCAGGAAGGGGGGCUCCAGAAGGAACGCCUGGGGGAACCAGUCCUACGCAGAGCUCAUUUCCCAGGCGAUAGAGAGCUCUCCUGACAAACGACUGACGCUAUCACAGAUCUACGACUGGAUGGUGAAAACUAUCCCCUACUUCAAAGACAAGGGGGACAGCAACAGUUCUGCAGGCUGGAAGAAUUCAAUCCGUCACAACCUGUCACUGCACAGCAAGUUUAUCAAGGUUCACAAUGAGGCAACUGGCAAGAGCUCCUGGUGGAUGCUGAACCCAGAGGGUGGAAAGAGUGGCAAAGCACCACGUAGGAGAGCGGCAUCCAUGGACAACAGCAGCAAACUUGCAAAAGUUCGGAGUAAGGUAUCCAAGAAGAAAGCACAAGGUCCUGGAGAAGCUCCUGCAGGAAGUCCUGGUUCACAAACUGCAAAAUGGCCUGGUAGCCCCUCGUCACGCAGUGCUGAUGAUCCUGAUGUAUGGACCAGUUUUCGGCCUCGCACAAGUUCCAAUGCCAGUAAUCUCAGUGUUCGAUUGUCCCCCAUCCUGACCGAGCAGGAUGAUGUAGCAGCUGAAGAACUUCACUCCUCGCUCAGCUUCUCCAACAGUGUCCCCCCAACUGUCACAGAGGAAUUGGAGCUUAUUGACAGUUUAACACUGCUGUCAUCAGGAGCCCCACUAACUGCUCCCCAGUCUUUGAUGCAGGGGACCCCCAGUUUCUCAAUGCACCAACAACGCCAGGCUCUGUCUUUCGGUAACUCUCUAUUUAGUCCAGCAGAUGUCUCCUCUGUACGGAACUCUUCUGGACGCUUCCAACGACCUCAGACUCUGGAAGCACUCCUGACCUCUGAUUCUCCUCCACCAAGCAAUGUGAUGAUGUCUCAAGUAGACCCAGUCCUGGCACAGAGUGGCGGGCAGAACCUACUUAUGUUGGGUGGUCAGGAUAAAGGUAGAACGCCAGAGCAAUCACCUGUUCCUCUCAGUUCUCUUGUGCCUCCAAACACUCUCACAAUGCUGGGGCUUCCUUCAGCAUCUUCUAUGCCAUCCUCUAAGCCAGAUUCCUUUGGUACAACCUCAGAACGUCUUCCUACAGAUUUGGACAUGGACAUGUUCCUUGAGAAUCUGGAGUGUGAUGUGGAAUACAUAAUUAACAGUGAGCUGAUGGAUGAAGGUGACUUGGAUUUCAACUUUGAAUCCUUACACCCUGGAACCAACCAGAACAACCACAGCUGGGUUCCCAGUUAAGCAGAGGUUUAAGGGGAAGCUUAAAUUUAUUUUGGUCUCCUUUUGAAGAGUACUGGCUUCAUGGACACACAAUCUGCAGAUUUGUCAAGAUGCUCUGCUAAACUCUUAAACUGACAACACAAUGUUGUGUCACAAAGUAACACUGCACACAUGUUCACCUCGGCUGCAGCCCAGAUAAAUCUGCCUUGCAUUACACAUGCAGGGGACUGAGAGUUAGCCACCGCAGCUGUCAUUCCUGAGCUUACACAACAUACUGCCUUCCAGUAAAGAGCAUCUGGCAGUGCCGUACGUACAAAAGCAAGGAGAACAAGAAAUUGCCAGCAGCAGAGUCGAUGACGCAGCACACCAAACACACAAAUGAUAUGUGGUUACAAAUGGAAGUACAAUUGGAUUCUAGAUCCUGCGUGAGAGAAACCACCUGUGUUCACAAGUGUUUUGGAGCAACUGAAAAGGUUAUUGUACCUUGUGAGCAUGUUGCAGAACAACCACCCCAGCCACUAAUUUUUCACCAGCAUCUAACAAGAAUUGUUUCUUGUUAUCUGUACAAUUCCCCGGCAAUUGCCCUCCUGUUUUAUACUGUAUGUAAUAUUUUACAUAUAGGUUACAUAGAGCUGUGUACAGAGAGGUGCAGGCACCACCACAAAUUCAUAUAUCCUAAGAACAUGAAUUUAUUUCUUUUAGAAAUCUAUUAUUUUAAUUGUGUAACUAAUUUUUAUACUAAUUUUUGUAGUUCUCAUAAGAGAGUACUUUGUAAUUUGCUAAAACACUAAAGAUGUAAAUUGGAAAAGAAGGGGUUAAUAUGUCCUGUUACUAGUUAAUUUUUGUGGUGGCAGGGUUUUCUCUUACUAGUCCACUGCUCAGCUUUUAUAAUCUCCAUAGUCCUUAAUCACUUUUAACCCUAUUGGCUAGGCUUGUAUCUACAGGAGGCCCAUGGGGAUUCAAUAUUCUAUUUUUAAAAUAAUUUUAGUUGCACCAGAGGAUUUUAUUUUUACAAUUGUGAAAUAGUGAUUUUCUGUAAUAGCUGGCCUUAUAUCAUCUAAUGAGGGCUAUUUUUAUAUGUUUAUAUUUAGGAAAGUAACAUAAAUACAUUGCCAACAGCUGUUUUGCCACCUAUUCAGCUUUCUUUAAAGCCAGACUUAAAAAACAUAUUUGCUCAAUAGCAUUUUUAUAUUCAUAGCUGCCUUAUACAGUAUAUACCGUAAAGAAGAUGAAAAGGGCUCAAGUGAGGCCACAGCAGUUAACUUACUGUAGAUGUUGCUGAUUGUGUGUGUGUGUGUGUGUGUGUGUGUGUGUGUGUGUGUGUGUGUGUGUGUGUGUGUGUAAUAUAUUAUACACACACAUUCAUCAAACACAGUGGUCAUUUUGUUAGGCACACCUGUAAGUACAUGUCCAACAUUAAAGUGAAUAGGCUACAGCUGGCCAGAAGAUCACAAAAGGAUUCUACUCCUGUCCGCUAACUAGAACUAAAACUCCCCAAAAUUGGACAGUUGAAGACUGGACAAAUGGUCUGAAGAAUCUUAAGUUCAGCUGUGACAUAUAGAUGGUAGGAUCGGAAUAUGGUGUUAAUAACAUAAAUCCAUCCUGCCUUCUGUCAAAGAUUUAUUAUGGUAGUGUAAUGUGGUUAGGACUAUUUUCUUGGCAUAUAUCGGGCCAUUAAUACUAAUUAAUUAUUAUUUAAAUGCCACAUACUAAUAACGAUGAACUCAGUGUAUUCCAGCAGCCUCCGCAGUUACCAGAUCUCAGCCCAGUAGAGCACCUUUGGGAUGUGAUGGAACGAGAGGUUUACAGCAUGGAUGUGCAGCUGCCAUUUACAGCUACUGUAUGAUGCUGUCAUUUCUACAUGACCAGAAUCUCUAAGGGAAUGCCUUAUUGAAUCAGUACCUUGAAGGAUUCAGGCUUUUCUAGGGGCAAUAUUAGAAAGUUGUACCUAAUUAAGUGACCACUGAGAGUGUAUCUAUGUAUUUAUAUGAUAAAGUAUGUGUAUGUGUAUAUAUAUAUAUAUAUAUAUAUAUAUAUAUAUAUAUAUAUAUAUAUAUAUAUAAACAUAUAUAAACAGGUUGAGUAUCCCAUAUCCAAAUAUUCCGAAAUACGGAAUAUUCCGAAAUACAGACUUUUUUGAGUGAGAGUGAGAUAGUGAAAACUUUGUUUUUUGAUGGCUCAAUGUACACAAACUUUGUUUAAUACACAAAGUUAUUAAAAAUAUUGUAUUAAAUGACCUUCAGGCUUUGUGUAUAAGGUGUAUAUGAAACAUAAAUGAAUUGUGUGAAUGUACACACACUUUGUUUAAUGCACAAAGUUAUAAAAAAUAUUGGCUAAAAUGACCUUCAGGCUGUGUGUAUAAGGUGUAGAUGUAACAUAAAUGCAUUCUGUGCUUAGAUUUAGGUCCCAUCACCAUGAUAUCUAAUUAUGGUAUGCAAUUAUUCCAAAAUACGGAAAAAUCCCAUAUCCAAAAUACCUCUGGUCCCAAGCAUUUUGGAUAAGGGAGACUCAACCUGUAUAUAUAUACACACGCACACAUACCUCAAUGUUCAGAUGUGUUGGAUUUAUGCCGAUAUGACACCCUUUAUUUUCCUAAGGCAUGUGCUUUGGAGGCGUGUAUACUUGCAUUUUAAGUGGUGUCAUUUACACAGUUUAUUCAUUGAAAUGAUGCAUUUUGAGAACCAGUUUUUCAUGAAUUCUGCUUAAAUAUGGAGAACUCAACAUGCUGUAUGAAAAACAACCUUUUUUUCACGAUUUUCUGCAAAUUAUUCCUUCUAGUUUUUAUUUAUUUCUACAAAAAACAAUUAAAGAAACAAACCAAUAUGGCUACAAGGCCGAAAUUGCUUUGCGGCACCAAAGAACCCUACUGUUUUACAGUAGCAACCGCUCUUUGCUGUUGAAUCAACUGUGUGACCAAGAUCAGAAGCCAUGUAAACAUAGCUAUAGACUCCUUCAAAUACAGUUUUGAGAACGACAAACAUAUAUAGAUAGCAGUGGCAGCAUAAACUAGAAACCUACUCUAUAAACUAUCCUAACGUCAAGUUUACAGUUACAUUUUCAAAAAGAAAAACAUUUUCAACUCUAGUUUGCAACAAUCGUGUCAUACUUCACAGUGAAGGAACUGAAAUAUUUACACCCAAGAUUGCUAUAAAACAAAGUUGUUUAAUUGUUGUAAGCCUCCUAAAUGAUUUGGUGAGAAUUAAACAGAUUUUAUAAAGCAGGUUUAACAAUA